AUGAAAACAAUAGCAACAAGAAAAAGGUGUAAACUUCCCAGAACAGGCUCAGAUUUUGAAAAUGUGAUAAAGAGGUUAUUGUGCGUCCGAACUUUUCACACAAGAAUUGGGGGAGAUUUAACACCAGGAAUAAUAAACAGAGGAAGACCAGCUAAUGCAGAGCAGAUGGGCCUGCAGGCCAGUGCCGAGCAUGUCAACGCCUUCCCCUUGGACCUAUGGGCUCAAGACGACUGAAUGCUGCUUUCUUUAGUUAAAAAUAAAGUUAACACAGUGGGAGAAACUAUAAAUAUGGCUGGUUUGAUUUCUGGGAUGGUGAAUAGACUAAAGAUUUAAAGAACCUACUAUGUGGCAGGCAUUCUACAUUCACUGCUUUAA